UUUCGUAAUGUGGAACUUUCGGUUGUAUUGUAGGGGUCUCCUUUGCGGUUUGAGAUGUCUGGUGGGUUUGCGAUUUGAGGAGCUCACGGAGAGACUUAGGAACAAAAUAAAGAAUCCAGGGGUACCGAUGCUGGAGCCAGAACGCCUGGGCUUUCGCCGCUUCAACUUCUUCCUACCUGUCUGACCCUCGAUUUGGGGUUAAACCUUUCUGUGUCUCAUCUGGACACAGGAACUAAUUAAUACGCUAACCUGCUUCAUCGGGACCGAGGAGGAUUAGCAGGAAUUGUUAGAACAGUAUCUAAUAAGCUCCAGCGAACACGCAAUAAGCACGUGUCAUUUGGGAGGAUUCUUUGGGAGGAUUUGGGGGUUUGGGGGACUUUGAAAAAUGUAAGGUUUGGGAUUAGUCUUACGUGUUAGGGAGCUUUUAUGUUUUAGGUGUUUUUGUUUUUUUUUUCAGUCGAAGGGCUUGUGUGGAAUUAGGAAAUACAUAUAGAGGUUUAGAAAGUAUUUGAAGGGGAGUAUAGGAUUUCAGGAGACUCCUCUUUUUGGGGUAUCUGUGAGGUUGGGAAAUCACUGUGAAUGUCGGAGUCCUUGGUAGACAUGGGAUUUGCGAGGGGUUCCUUGAGAUUGGAGCCUUCUGUGCUGGAGGGGAUAUUUAUAGGUUUAGGAAUUUAAAUUAGGUUUUGAGAGAGUCUGGAUAUUUGGGGGAAGGCAUAUAUUCCGAAGAUAAGGGUAGGGUCUGAAGGGAGGAUUUUAGAGGGCAGCCAAGUUGUAGAGUGAUCUGUAGAGCAUCUAUAGAAAAUGGUUUUUGCUAUGUUUGUGUGUCUAUUCCUGAGCAUUUGGAUGUAUUGAUGAAUGGUAGACUUCGUCUUCUAUAGGUUUUAGGGGUUGUAUGGUGAUUCUUGUUUGAAACAAAGAACUGGGAUUUCAGCAGGGGUUGUAAGUAUUUGAGGGGAAGGUGGGAUCAUGGAUUAUGAGGGAUAAGUAUUUUUAGGCUUAGGACUCUCUUUGUGACUGGUGUCUGUGGGUGUUUGGAGGCUGUCUGAAUUUUGAAUGCUGUCCACAGGACCAUGAAAUGAUGGAAUUUUUAGUGGUGUCUGUGGAAUUGCCUGAAUUUAGAAUUCAGGACCCCUGGAAUAGUCUGUAGCGCAGGGGUCAGCUGACUUUUUCUAUAAAGGGCCAGAUAAUGAGUAUUUUAGACUUUGCAAGGCCGUAUGCCCUCUGUUGCAACUAUUCUGCCAUUGUAGUAUGCAAGCAGCCAUAAAUAGAUGAGCAUGUUUCAGUAAAACUUUAUUUGCAGAGACAGGCAAUGGGCUGUAGUUUGCUGACCCUUGGUCUAUGGGGACGUGGGAGGUUGGAGGUUUGGGGAGGUUGGAGGUUUGGAGAGUAUUUUGGUUUCAAGAUGCCUGGAGGGAGAUGGGCCCAGGGAAUGAUUGAGACGGAGGGAUGUGCUGCCUGGUGGUCCCGCAGUGCAAAGCGAUCACGUCAGACUCAGUGGCAGAAUUGUCUCCAGAGUGGCCUGCGGAGCCUCCCCCGACCAUCCGGGCAGGUCCUGAAAUGCGGUGAACCCCGGCCUGUCUGCUACCGUUUCCCAGGAUGGACCGCAGCGGCCUCCUGCCCUUCCAGCUCUGGUGCCCCCGGCCCUUUGGCACCUACUCCCAGAAUCAGCCGCGCCCCCCUGCCGCGGCCCUCAAGCCAUCAGCCUGCCCGGAGCCGGGCAGCGGGGCCGAGCCAGACCACGGGCCUGCCCACUCAGAGAACACCCCGCCCACCUUGGCCACGGAGGCCCCUGCCUCCCAGCCUGCCCCGCUCCUCUCCGCAGCAGCUGCUGGCGAUGAGGGGCGAGUCCUGCUGGACACGUGGUACGUGAUCAAGCCCGGGAAUACAAAGGAGAAGGUGGCCUUCUUUGUGGCCCACCAGUGUGGGGGGGGCAGCCGGGCCAGCUCCAUGAAGGUCAAGGGGCACUGGGGCAGUGACAGCUCCAAGGCCAAGCGGAGGAGGCGCUGUCUUGAGCCUACUAAGGCUCCACCGGACCCAGGGGGCCGAGAGGGGCCCCCUGCCGCUGAAGGGGCCCCAGCCUCAGCUGGUGAGGAUGUAGACCUGCUCUCUGUGGCCGAGAUGGUGGCCCUGGUGGAACAGCGGGCCGCCCUGGCCCUGCAGAACUACCCACGCCCCGGCACCCCGGCGCCUGUGGUCUUCGUGUCGGCUGAGCAGGGUGGGCCUGCCAAAGGGCUGGGGUCCGAGCGGAGGUCUGGUGGCGGGGACUGCAGCCGCGUAGCUGAGGCAGUGGCCCACUUUGAGGCCCAGCGGGACAGCCCUCCAGCCAAAGGCCUCCGCAAAGAGGAGCGGCCUGGGCCCGGCCCAGGGGAGGUGCGUAUCGCCUUUCGCAUCUCCAACGGCCGAGAGCCCCGGGCGCCCGACGGCAGCUUGCCCAACGGGAGCAGCGGCCGGCCCGGUUGUGCCUACCCCGGCAGCCCAGGCCCCGGGGCCCGAGCCAAGGACAAGAUCACCUGUGACCUGUACCAGCUUAUCAGCCCCUCUCGGGAUGCCCUGCCCAGCAAUGUGGAGUUCCUUCUGGCUCGGGCGGAUGAAGCCAGCGAGGGGGAGAGCCCGGUCCCUGCCAGGCCUGAGGACACUCCUCCGGCGCCCCCUCCGCCCCCUGCCCGGGACUGCGGCGCGUCAGGCUUCCACGUGGACGUGGUAGUGACGGGUGUGGUGGACGAGUGCAUCUUCUUUGGCAAGGAUGGCACCAAGAAUGUGAAAGAGGAGACGGUGUGCCUGACGGUCAGCCCCGAGGAGCCGCCCCCACCGGGCCAGCUCUUCUUCCUCCAGUCCCGGGGUCCGGACGGGCCCCCCGAGCCGCCCCCAGCCGACUCCCCCACCACCGCGCCAGGCCCGGACGACGCCGAGGGGACAGCGGACACCUCCCUGUGCCGCCUGUAUCGGCACGUGUCGCACGACUUCCUGGAGAUCCGCUUCAAGAUCCAGCGGCUGCUGGAGCCGCGGCAGUACAUGCUGCUGCUGCCCGAGCACGUGCUGGUGAAGAUCUUCAGCUUCCUGCCCACGCGGGCCCUGGCGGCCCUCAAGUGCACCUGCCACCACUUCAAGGGCAUCAUUGAGGCGUUCGGUGUGCGGGCCACAGACUCGCGCUGGAGCCGCGACCCCCUGUAUCGCGAUGACCCUUGCAAGCAGUGCCGCAAGAGAUACGAGAAGGGUGACGUGUCGCUCUGCCGCUGGCACCCGAAGCCCUACCACCACGACCUGCCUUAUGGACGUUCCUACUGGAUGUGCUGCCGCCGAGCGGACCGCGAGACGCCUGGCUGCCGCCUGGGUCUGCACGAUAACAACUGGGUGCUGCCCUGCAACGGGCCGGGCGGGGGCCGGGCCGGCCGGGAGGAAGGGAGGUGAAGCCGGGGGAGGGGUGGGGGGAGAGCCCACCGUGCCCACCCCUCCCCCUGCCCCCUGGGAGCCCAGGGCCAGGACUGGGUCACCCUCCAGGCGGUGUUGAUCCCCUUCCAGAACCGAGAUGGGGUUCAGGGGGAUGAUUGAGAAGGCACUCCGAUCGACCGACCCCUAUUGGUUUUCUACUCUUCAGACCCAGGGCCCGUGGACCCCGCGAGCAGGGUGGUUUUUAUCAGCAUCUCAAUUUCUUCUCCGUUCAGCCCCAACACCCUCCUUGCCACUCUACACCCCAGGGACCUACCAGCAGGGAGCAGACGGCAGCUAAUUUUGGUACUACUUAAGGGUUCCCCCAUUCUGGCCCCCUUCUGCUGCACCCCCGCCCCCAUCCCAUGCCAGCCAGUUCUUUGUCUCUGGAGCUGUGUUCUCCCAAGAGGCUGCAGCAUGCAAAGCCAGUAUCUCUCCUGACCUGCCACACCAGGGCUCACCCACCUCCUCUUUAGGAAUUGGGGGCCAUCAGAUCACAGAUCAGAUGUGGCACUUUUCAUGGCAACCUGCCAUUUCUAGAUGUUUUCCCCAUUAAAACAAUAAAAAAAAAAAAAUCACUGUUUUCUUAACCUAAAGCUACCAGUCUCUUCGCUUCCCCUAAAGAAGAGAAAAUAAAGCUGAAAUAUAAAAAUUCCCCAUCUCCCAUUAUUUAAACUAUUGCCAUCGCUUCUCUACCCCCCCCCCCAAAAAAAAAAAAACUGUGAAGCCCUUUGCCUCGCUCUUGACAGCGUGGGGGGCCGGUGGGCAGGGACUGUGGGUUUGAAUUUCCGGAUUGUUUUUCCUUCCAUUCUGGGUACUUGUUCAGGCAUUGGGGUCUCUCCAGCCUCAGCCACGUGAGUUUCUUUAGAAUCCUUUGGUCACCUGAGACCUUGAUUUUUCAGGCAGUUUGGCCUGGGGUAUUUUCAUUUGUUCUGUUUGGGGUUUUUUGUGGGGGUUUUUUUGGGUUUUGGAUUUUCAUCCUUGUGGUUCUGGAAGCUUCUGGUGUGUGGCAUCUGACCAGUUUUGAAUUGGUCCUUUCUAUAAAAUCAAUAUUUAUAAGGCUGGGCCCGGACUGGUUUGUGUGUUGUUUAGGGAGGGGGUUGGAGAGAGGAGGGAGCCCUGGGCCACUGCAUGGUGAGCUGGAAAAGACUGAGAAAAGAAUCGUUAGCCAAGUCCCUUAGCUUGAGAUUGUUUUUGACUCUCCUUCGUCUGUGUCCAUUUGGAUUCAAAAAUCUCAACGUUAUUAGUAGCUUAAACAAGAUAGUUUUUAUCUCUUUAGAAAUCCAGGAUGGGCAGGUACGGUGGCCCUGAAGUCAUCAGGAACCCAGGCUGCUUCUGGCUCACUAUUCUUUGGCUGUGGCCCCCAUCCUCAUGGUCUAAGAUGGCUGCUAGAACUCCAGCCAUCAUUAUUUUGCAGGAAGAGAAGACUCCUUCCUCCCAGAACUACUGCGCCAUACAACAUUUCAUUAGUCACAGCUUAAGCCACAUGGAAGGGCUGCAAGGGAGACUGGGAAAUGUUGUGCCUUAGCUGGUACAUCAUGCCCAACAACAAAAAAGGUAUUUUACUAAAGAUUCCUGUGUUCCCCAUAAUUGAAGCUUUAAAAUCCUCACUUAUUUACUAAAUAAGAAGAGGAAUUAAGUCAUUGAAACAAUUCAAGUAUAAAGGAAGAGAGAAGAAUGGAUAUUGAGAGCCAAUUAACAGUCUCUGGCAUUCUCAUCAGGGUAUAAAAAUGACCGGAGAGACUAGGCUACAUCACGGUCGUUAUUUAAUACUUAGAUUUUGGAAUCAAAGAGAGCUGGGUUUGAUUCUUGGCUUGGCUUUGUGAGCCAGUUUUCUGGAGGGAGAGACCAGAUUAUUUGGAUUCUUCUGCUGAAAAGAGGUAGUUAAAAAGUCGUAAAAGCAUCAAAUAGCCAAUAUAACACAGUUAAAGGACACAUCACGCCAGAAAUUUAAGGGAAAGGUACAUGGGACAUGGAAGCUACUUUUGCUCUGAGGGCAUUUGCUUAUGCCAACAAACUUGAGUUGUCCUUGAAGGACAAGCAGACAGAAGUCAAGGCCAAGCCUGCCCAAGGUGGGAAAUCUCACAGGAGCUGGGAUCCCACCAAACUACAAGCUCCAGUAAGGAUGACCCAGAAGACUGCAGAGAAGAUGUUCUAAACACUGAGGGGAGGGGCGCCUGGGUGGCUCUGUCAGUGAAGCACCCGACUUUGGCUCAGGUCAUGACCUCACAGUUCGUGAGUUCAAGCCCCGUGUUAGGCUCUGUGCUGACAGCUCAGAGCCUGGAGGCUGUUUGAGAUUCUGUGUCUCUCUCUCUC